AAUAAGAGUUAAAGCUCUAGAACGAUAAAACGCGGGGCUUCGAAAUUAGCUCAAUAAACCCGAAUGUCUCUAAACGUGAAGAGUAAAUUGCGUAGGUUAAAUUUAACUUUAGUUGUUCCUGAUCAAAAGUAUAUAUUGUAAAUAUUUAGUUUACCAACAGUGUCUGCGACUACCUACAUAGUACAAGCGUAUAAACAAGUGAUCAUUCGCAACGACGUGUGCUUAUUGUGUUCGAAAAAUUCUUCAAAAUGUUCAACUUAUUGGGUAUUGUCUUUGUAAUUGGGGCUGCCGCGGCUGCUCAAGAAGCUGUUGUUGUGAUCACUGGAAAUGCUACAGGCAUAGUUCGAUUCACAGAAACUCAAAAUGGUGUUCAAGUAACAGGACAAGUAUCGGGAUUAACCCCAGGAAGACACGGUUUUCAUAUACACGCAUUGGGUGAUCUGUCCAAUGGAUGUACUUCAGCUGGUCCUCAUUUUAAUCCUCAAAAUCAAACACAUGGAGCGCCAAACGCCACGGUUCGCCAUGCAGGAGAUUUAGGCAAUAUUGAAGCUGACGCCAACGGUAUCGCUAAUAUUUCGUUAAUCGAUAAAGCACUUUGUCUAACAGGGGAGCAUAGCAUUAUUGGAAGGGCAGUGGUGGUUCACGCGCAAGAAGACGAUUUGGGUCAAGGAGGAAACGAUGAAUCUCUGAGAACCGGAAACGCGGGAGGAAGAGUUGGCUGUGGAGUUAUUGGAAGACUGUCACUACACCCGUCUUCGGCUGAUAAGUUACAUGCCAAAGCCCUAAUUUUCCUUCUCGGUUUGACAAUAAUCACAUGGUUCAUAAAAUCCUAAUAAAAUAAUACCCAGAAAAUAUUUUUAAGGUAUUUAACAAUGUAUAUUUUGCAUAUGUAGGUACAAUAUUGUCUCGAAAUUAAUGACUAAUUUUAAUUAAACGUAAUUGUUUCACUGACGUUACACUACACGUCAAUAAUAUUAUAUUGUAU